AUGCCGUCUGGUUACCGUUAUGUCAUGAUCAUUCUUCCCAGUAAUCAACUCGGCAGGGUGACUGGUAUCGAUCAUGAAAGGGUGACUGGUAUCGGUCGGUGCCACGACUAUCUCCACCAAGCCCAAAUCUUUGGUACUCAUCGCCUCUACCUCUGGGGAAAACACCCCGAACUCUUCUCAUGCAACGGCAUGAUCACUUAG